AAUUCUGGCAACCCUAAUGCAGUAAGCAACAAAAUAAUUAAAUGUUUUUUUUAUGAAAAAUGAAUAGUGAAAAAUCUAAAAUUAAUGCACAAGUGAAACAUGUGCCCAAGGAUGCCCAGGUGAUAAUGUCCAUACUGAAGGAGCUGAAUAUACAAGAGUAUGAGCCGCGCGUGGUCAAUCAAAUGCUGGAAUUCACUUUUCGGUACGUUACUUGCAUACUGGACGAUGCCAAAGUCUAUGCAAAUCAUGCACGGAAAAAGACCAUUGAUCUGGAAGAUGUACGCCUGGCCACUGAAAUGACAUUGGAUAAGAGUUUUACCGGGCCGCCAUCGCGUCACAUUCUGGCCAAAGUGGCUGAGAUACGCAAUGCCAUGCCCUUGCCGCCUAUUAAGCCCCAAUGCGGUCUACGUUUGCCGCCAGAUCGUUAUUGCCUGACCGGUGUCAACUAUAAGCUGAGGGCCACAAAUCAGCCAAAGAAAAUGACCAAAUCCGCUCUAGAGGGAGGACGCACACUGAAAACUGUGGUCAAGCCGGUCUCCAGUGCCAAUGGGCCGAAACGUCCACAUUCGGUUGUGUCCAAGCAACAGGUGGUGACCAUACCCAAGCCCGUGAUCAAGUUUACCACCACAACCAGCAGUAAAUCCAAUGCGGCAUCCUCCUCAGUAUCCUCUGCAUCCGCAUCAGCAGCCGCCGCCGCUGCUGUAGAAGUGAAACAUGAAAUCUCCUCGGUGGGCGACAUGAAAAUGGAGGUGGAUACCGAUGCAGUGGCUGUGGGGAGUAUCGCAAGCUCAGUUGGUGGUGCUAAUUCUGGAGGUGGUACGGCAGUUAAACGGGAACGCGAAGAGGAAGAAUUUGAUUUUGCAGCGAAUUGAGAUGAGACAUUUUUUGUUUAUUAUAAAUGGAAAAAAAAACAGCAGAAAUUUAAAUAAAUAUCUCCAACUUUUUAACGCAAGAA